AUGGUCAGUGCUCCUUUGAUGCAGCUUAAGACAAUAAAUUCACAGGUCGGAAACCUCGCUCUCGCUUCUUCAUUGCUCAGUGAUUUGGAAAGGUCGUCUAUAUAUGCUUACCAAAAUGCUAUUAUAAGUGAAUCAGCUUUCUCAUUGAUCGCAUCAGUGACUUCUAUUUUUGUCACAACAACAUUAUAUCGCGUGGCUACGCUACGCUGUUCUUUGGAGGCAAAGAUGACAGGGAGGCACUGGGUUGUGCCUCGAGGAUGGCAGGAAGCCCCAGAGUUUCUCCCAAUCACGGCCACCAAACAGUUGAGCCGAGGACGUAUCCGUCAUUUCAAUUCAAAAACAGUUGUUUUUAUCAAAGCCGUAAAAUCGCGGCCACCAAUUAAUCACGUGCUACGCACGCCAGACCUUUCAAUCCCUAUAUAUGGGGUUCCCAAAGCAGCCCCCAAUAAUUGA